AUGGUCAUGCCUGAGAGAGCGGCUUUCUUGGAGCUGGUGGUGGUUGCGGUGCGGAGGGCAGAGCGCAGGGCGGUGGUGCGGAGGAGUGUGGACGACAUGGUUGUUGUUGGAGACGGUCAAUUGGAGAUGUCUGCAGAGUGUGUGUGGUGGUGUGAAAUGGACGAGGAGGUUGUUGCAGACGAAAUGUGUUUUGGUAUUGUCAGAUGUCUGUCAACUUACGUCAGAGAGUGGUCCAAGCUCCUUUGAAGCUACCAACCUACUAGUAGGUUAGGGAUGCUCAAAGAAAUGGUGCGGAUAUGCAGAUGGGUGCGUAUUUAUGAGCACGAGCAGCCUAUAUAUCAUCCGGGACGUUCAGCAGCAAAUCCGCCGAUCAGCGCAAGUAUGAGACAUCGACAUCACAUCAUCUUCUCUUCAAUCUGUACCUCCAGCCUCAAGUCUCGGUUCUGUGUCGACGCACCUCUUCGGCGAUCCUUUCAUAGCAACAUGCCGAAAUUGGAAGCCAUAGUCCCUUACUCGAGGACUGCAAAGGUAACUUCUGUCACCGACUUACCGACCGAAGAGGCAAAAUGGUGUAGUCUGAAGAAGAUUGCCUAUGAAGACGAGACGGGCAAAUCUCGACUGUGGGAGAUGGCCGAGCGACGCACUCGUGGCAAGGCUGGUGUCGAUGCUGUCGCCAUUGGCAACAUCAUUCUCCACCCGUCACGCCCUCCGUCGACCGUGCUCGUCAUCCAGUACCGUCCACCGCUAGACGCCUACACGGUGGAAUGGCCCGCGGGCUUGGUUGAUGCAGACGAGACAGUCGAGCAGGCUGCUAUCCGGGAGCUCAAGGAGGAGACCGGCUAUGAAGGCCGAGUACUGAGCAUCAGUCCCAUUGUGGCAUCAGAUCCAGGCUUGACGAACGCCAACAUGCAGCUGUGUAUGAUGGAGGUCAAGUUGAAGGAGGGUGACCCAGAGCCAGAACAACGCCUGGAUGACGGGGAGCACAUCACUCGGGUCACCGUACCACUGUCCGAGCUAUACGACAGACUGGUGGAGUAUGCCAAUACAGACCGAAUGACUGUGGCGGCAAAACUGCACCAUUUCGCUGCGGGUAUGCACUUCUCGAAGACAGCAGGAUUUCCAUGAAGUUCUGGUAUCCUGAUGCACGACAAAUCACGCUCUGCUUGGUGAACAGAGACAUUUGCGGCCAAAGCGUAUAGAAAGCCUAUAGAUGCCGACGAAUAGUAAAUACUAAAAAGCCAAUAUAAGGCAACUGAGUCCCCACGGACUCGCCAGUCAGCCAUUAGAGAUAACAUUCCUUCUUCCGGUGCUAUACUCUAAAUGGAACGAUUCAGCAC